AUGAUCCAGUUUGGUAAGAAAGAGUCAGAUGUAGCUGAUACUGCAGUCCCCCCAAGACUUAAAGCCACAAAGCCUUUUCCUCGGGUUCCCAAUAAAAUUAAGAUCUCCUUGCCAUCCAAAAGGACCUUAGGCGAAAGAUGGAUCGCCUAUAUUUGCAAGAAUGUGAUAACGGGCCUUAACCAUCUGGAAGAGAAGAAGAUAAUCCAUCAUGACAUCAAGCCCGAACACAUUGUCAUCUCCUCAUCCGGAGAGGUGAAGAUCGGCGAGUUUUGCUUUGCGACCAUCGGAGGAAGGAGCGCCAGCACUUCGGGGACCAUGGCAUACAUGGCUCCGGAAGUACUGGCUCAUUUUGCCCAAAACAGCGGCGAAUAUGACCAUAAGGCUGACAUCUGGUCACUAGGGAUUGCAGCCAUUCAAAUGGCGGAAGGACAUCUCCCAUUCAGAAGACUUCCCAAGCAGAAGCUGAUCCAGCGAAUAACAACUGGUCCAGUUCCAUCAUUACCAUCAAGGGGCAAUUGGAGUGACGAGUUCCGCUUCUUCAUCAGCGAGUGCCUGCAGAGAGACCCAGGCAGGAGACCAUCUGCAAGGCAGCUCCUCACGCACCCUUUCAUUGCCGAGCUCCGGGGUGAAAGGGGGGUGCAGAGGAAUAUCGCCCAACACCUGCACAGAGGAACGAGGCACUGAAACGAAAACAACGAGGCAGCCAUCGGGGGAGGGUCGGGGGCAUAAAUAGGGGGCCUAAUUACCAUCCUUGGGCCCCCACAAACAUC